GCAUUCUUACGGCCAUUUUGUUGGCAGAAACCUGCCCCAAAGUCUGGUUUCUUGGAAAAUACACUGUAAUUGGCCUUAAAGAGAGUUAUGUGACAGUGUGGGGGGGAAACAGCAUCAGAACUCUGGAAUUGGGCUGUAAGUAAUUUGGGAGGAGCAUCUGAUCUCUGAAUGCAAAACAACUGUUUGUUAAGUGAGCAAUAUGUCAACCUAGGCCGAAGCCACCAGAACUAACAGUGGUGAACGCAUGUAAGCAGGGUAGAGAAAAGCCAGGAAAAAGAACCAAGGCAUGAAGGAAAGAACAAAAGUUUGGCCUGAGCACAUAGCAAGCCCCUCACCACAUUUGGCAACCAAGGAGUUGGGCCUGCAUGGGAAGCCUCUCCCAUCAACACUGAGGGAUCAAAAGAGAUCCUGAGGCCUGCCCAGACUUUGGGGUCAUUUUUGGAUCAGGACUUGGCAGCUUCUGUCCCUCUGGCUAAUGCCAAGCAACCUAGUUGUGGAUGUGGGAUUCCUCUGAAACCCCCACAAGCGAAGAGGGUGGCAGCUUCACCAACCCGUUGCUCCAGCAGCCAGAAACUACAGAACAGAACUUACCAGAGAAGAAAAAGGGAAACCAUCUCCAUGCAAAAGGAGGUAAAACAUUGCCUAAAAAGAAACCUCAGCAGAAGACCACAUUUAUGACUGACCAUAACAUGGCUUGCCAUCUAUUGUCAGCAAGAGAUCAUGACAUUAAAGAACUAAAAAAUGAAGUUGCUGUUCUGCGGAAUAAAUUGGAGACAUUUACUGUGGAAUAUAAAAUCUUGAAGCAUCUUCAGUCUCAACAUUUAAGAGCAAUCAGUAAAUAUGAAAAUGCACAGAUUAACCUGCCUGAUCUUUUGGUCACGCAGUCUAAUAAAGUGCUGACUCUGAGAUCACUUCUCAGGACAUCUCAGGAAGAAGCUGAGAGAGGUUCAGGCAGAACUCUUACAAAGAAGGGACGCCUUGCGGGUGUUGCAGAAAUUUUCUGAAGACAAUUAACAUCAUAUACCCAAAAAUUGGAAGCCAGUGAUAAGAGAAUCCAGGUAACGUGCAAGUUACAUUGCUUAGAACAACGUAGCUGGGCUCUGGGAGAGCCCUAUAAAGAAAUGCUUUAAGCUGACUUGAUUCAGUAUGCAGUAGGGACCGUUCCCUACAGGCACCAUCCUCAAGUCUCCAAGAUUCCUUUGAUAUUGAAAUUAACAGAAAACCUGCUCAAGGAGGAACAUCAAUUUUGCACAUGCACUAUUUGUAUUCAGAUUCUUAAAUUGUUAUCCAGCAAUUAGAGACAUAGAUGUGCUGCAUUUGGUUUCCCACUUCAAUUCUUUGGGAGUUUCUUAUUUGCUGGAAGAGAUAAUAAUUUCAAAUGUCAUUGGUAGAAUUGUGGCUCGUUGCACAGUCAGCCAGAUGUCCAGACUGGAUUUGAAAGUUUCAUCCACCUAUCCAGUCCUUCUCAAGGACAUGGCAGAGGCGUUAUUACUAUGCUUCAGCACACAGUCAGUCAGACGUUAGACUGGAUGUGGCUUUUUAUCACCUACUAAGACCUUCUGAAGGGCCUGGGGUAGGCAAGUAUGUGUGUUUGGUAGUGUUAAAGGUAUUGUCACAGGAUGGAACCUGUGCCAAGCAAAGCUGCCUUUGGCAACUGACUGAGGGUGAUUUUGUCAGUGCCGAUGGUAUUUAAGUGGUGUCCUAGUUGUUUUGGGAUGGCAUCCAAGCCACCUAUUAAUUUUGCUCUCUUUUGCUACAAUAAUUCUAAUUCUGUUUACUGGUCUUUCAAUUUCGUUAUUUUCUCCAAUUCUUUCUCUGCUUUUCUGCUGUCUACAAGAAUUGUCAUAUCCUCUUUCUGGACAUCAUCAUUCUUAUUCAUUUGCCACCCAACUUAUGGUUCAAGGUGACAGCUAGCUAAAGGAGCAACUUUGUCUUCAUUUUUUCCUAGCAGCAUA